AUGCCAUCAUCACAUUCCGAACAAAGGGACCAUGCCUUCACAAGCCUCAGUCACAAAUCAAUAACAUACAUCAAGGCCCUCUUCUCACCAUCUCAUCGCCGACAACUCUCCAAACUCCUCUCAAACGCUCCCCCCAAAACUUCUCAAUCCAAACCCUCCAUCGCGUCAACCUCAACAUUUCACCUAUUCUCCCAAUUUCCAUCCGAAAUCCGCACUCUAAUAUGGACCAUCUAUAUAUCUUUCCCUCGCAUUCUCAUCCCAGCUCCAAGCCCCGAUCCCACAGCUUCAAACCCCUGGCCUUCAAUCCUAUUCCGCUCGCCCCAUCUCCACCCUACGCUUUAUAUAUCUCACGAAUCCCGCUCUAUCUACCAACAAUUUAGCUGGUUAGAAACACUCCGACACAUCCAUCUCCGCACUCAAGAUCAAGUUUCACAUUCGAGCUCCUCAUCUUUGAGUUUACAUUCACCGUCUCUUAUCGCUUUCUCUGGAAGUAACUUACGGGAUUGGGAGACGGAUAUCUUUUGGUUCAAGGGGAUUCCGACGGUGAAGAAAUUGUGGGCGGGUAGUACACAUAAUCGAAUACAGGGCUAUGAGAAUGUGAGGAAAGUGGCGUUGGAUUAUACGGUGUUGGAUUAUGAGGAGGAGGAUGGACAUUGGAAGAAGAGGUUCCAGAGUGGUUGGUAUGGGUUAGUGUGUGUAUUAUAUUUGUUCGACCAUUUGGAGGAGGUUUACUUUGUGCUUGAUGUGGAAGGGGAUGUGAAGGGGGAUGUGAAGGAGGGGUUUGGAGAAGUAUCGUUUGAGGUGGUGGAUGUGGAAGAGAGAGUGGCGAGAAGGUUGGAGGGUGUGCAUGGGAAGGCGAACGGAGGUGAUGGUGAGAGUAGGUUGAGAUUUCCACAAUUGGAUGAUAGAGGGGUUUAUCCCUUGGCAGCGCUGGGACGACUCUUCCGUCGCUGGGAGAUCUGUCGAGGGUGGAAAAAGCCAAAAGUACAUUUUGUAUAUGCCAAGAAUAUUGGACGAUAG